UGUUUGAGCUGAUGAGUUCAACAACUGAAUAACAUAUAGGCUGUAAGGAACAGCGUUCGGUGGGAAACAGACUCGGUUCGAAUAAAGUUCUCCGCUUUACAGAUCAGAUGACGUUAUCUCCUCUGAACGGUAAAAUCUGCGCCGGCGCCAUGCUCCUUCUCGCCCUGUUGGCUUGCUCUCUGCCCCUCGCCACCCCUCAGCCAGCCAAUAAGAAGGGCCGCAAUUACACCAUCCACUCCUCCCAGCUAGUGUGCAGCAUGCCGGGCCCCCCGGGGCCCCCGGGCAUUCCUGGAGCCCCAGGAACCUCUGGCGCCAUCGGCAGGAUGGGGUUCCCUGGGAAAGACGGCAAGGAUGGGAAGGAUGGAGAGAAGGGGGAGAAGGGAGACGAGGGGGCACAGGGCCGGCCUGGCAACCCUGGCAAGCCUGGACCAAAGGGCCGUCAGGGAGUGGUGGGCAAAGCAGGGUCCAGGGGCCUGAAGGGGGUACGGGGGGCCCCAGGCUCGGCGGGGGUGGCCGGGGUGAAAGGGGAAGCAGGGGACAUGGGGGAGGUAGGGCUGCCGGGCUGCUGCAACUGCGGAAAGAACUCGGCCCGAUCGGCCUUCUCUGUGGCGGUGACCCAGAGUUACCCCAGGGAGCGGCUGCCCAUCCGCUUCAACCGCAUCUUGAUGAACGAGGGCGGCCACUACAACGCCAGUGACGGCAAGUUCGUGUGCGCCAUCCCUGGCGUCUACUACUUCACCUACGACAUCACGCUGGCCAACAAGCACCUGGCCAUCGGGCUGGUGCACAACGGCCAGUACAAGAUCAAGACCUUUGACGCCAACACUGGGAACCACGACGUGGCCUCCGGCUCCACCGUGCUGCGUCUCCAGCAGGGUGACCAGGUCUGGCUGCAGAUCUUCUACUCGGAGCAGAACGGGCUCUUCUUCGACCCGUACUGGACGGACAGCCUGUUCACGGGCUUCCUCAUUUAUGCCGACCAGGACUUUCUCAACGAGUUGGAUCAGAAGGCCAAUGCUGGAUCCGUCUGA